AUGGCGUGGUUUCAAGAUGUGGUUACCCAGAAUCGAUCUGAUGACACAAAUGCCAUUCGCGCCGCAGAUUUGGAAUCUUGGUUUGAAUCUGAAGGAUUCAUCGUUCACCAAUCGUAUGGAGAAGAGACAUACUACUCUGAAGAUCAAUCAAGAUUUCUUCCAGGCCAGGAACCUCCUGUCGAUCGACUCAAGAAGAUCUUGGUGCUGUAUGGGAGACCAUCUGGUCACCCUGGUCUGCCUGAUUCUAAUGAAUUUGACUUUUUGAACUGCUCCUGGGAUGAUGUCCUCAACCAGCUCGAGAGCGCGAAGUCAGAAGACCCGACGUUUUCGAGAAAAUCCGCCAAGCAUAAAGUUGAAAACCGGGAGAGGAUUCUUCGAACAUUUGAAGAUAUACCAGAUAUUAUUCGUACUAUGGAAGCAGCAUGCAAGUUAUUCGGGCCCCAAGAUGGGGAGGACGUGGCAGGGUUAGCUAAGUCUUAUUAUGACGAACUAUGCCAAGACAUACCAGAUCUCAUCCAGAUACUACACGAGAAGCGGCCAAGACUUGCAAGAGCAUUAAAUCGCCUAGCAGCCGGAAUGCCGGAGAUGAAAAAGGUUGAUGACAUCCUGAACAGACUGCAACAAAGAUCAACAGCCCUGUCCUCGUCCAUCAGCCGGAUCAAGAUGAUACUAGCAGCCAAGAGCAGGGAAGACCUUAGCAAUACGACACAAAGUCGAUCAGGCAUAUGCCGGAAUGGGCAUGAUGCUCCUGGAGAGCUUGCAGCUGACAUCAAGACGCUCGUUCUUAUGAUGUCCCAAGAGAUCAGUACACUCAAAGGGCUGAAUAGCCGGCUUCAGUCGCAAAGUUUACAGAUAGAGCCGCAGAGAUCCCGUAAAUCAUCCCCUAGACCACUUCCUUGGGUUUCAUCCUUUGAGCUACUGCGAAUUUUGGAUGUCGAUCCCACAUCUUUCACGGAAGACCUCGGCUUCAUCGUUAGACAGGAAAGCAGGAUGAGUGGCCACGACAAAGCAAGAGCCCGUUCGCUACUGAAGACCACGUCAUUUCAGAGCUGGUUCAAAACACUUCAAUCGUCGUUACUUUUGGUGGACGGUACACUGCGGGUAGACAAGAUCUCAGCGAUAUCAGUACUUGCCGGCACACUUAGUCUGAGUCUAUUGGAUCAGCCGAACACACAGGUGCUACAUUUCUUCUGUGGAAGCCACUUGGAUUCACAAGCGGAAGACGGGCUGACCGGACCUCACGGCAUGCUACGGAGUCUGGUGGUUCAGCUCUUACUGAGCUUCAAAGCACCGCUUCCUGACCUGAGCGAGAUUGACUCGCAAGAGUUCCUGCACGACGUCUACGAUUGCACGCUACCAGCCCUGUGUGAACUUUUCCGACUUCUAGUCGGGCAGGUACCAUCAGGUAUUAUUGUCUUCUGUUUGAUUGAUGGCAUCUCUUGUCAGGUCAACACGGAGGUCAGUAGUGAAGGUUCUAUUACUGAGCUCGAAUCGGAGCAUACAAGUGUGCAAGGUAGUGGAUCCGAACUCGGAGUAUAUUUCUCUUGCGCCGGGGAACGUUGA